UUCCAUACUCGAUAUGUUAUGAUCCACUAAAGUUAAAGGCACCAUACCAGAUGAAUAAAUCCCUGUUUUAGUUAUCUUUGCUGCCAUCUUGUCUGUACACACCUGGCGGAGAUCUACACUCUACUGAGUACACUCCCUUAUUUUAUUUUUUAAAGUAGUAGCUUUUUGCAAAAUUUACUCAAACGGAAGUAAAGAGUGCUUUUGUUGGGACUAUUUUCAGCUGAGGAUUAAUACACAUUUGAUAUGCAAGUAAGUAUCAGCAGGACAGUGUUAUGUGUGAAAUAAACUACAGUGGCUGAGUGGCACAGAGGAAUAUCACCAGCCUUAUCCUUGAAGAUUUGCUACUUUGGAGGCUAAUUGAUGUAAACAAAAACAUACGUUUAGCAAAGGUGGCAGAAUUGUGACUUGUCUGGAAAGUUCGACAGUGCCUAAUAGCUCAGAUGAAUCCAAUAUUACAGUGAGUGUUUGUUGACAGAAGGCUUUUCUGUGCUGACAGAAAUUAUAGAUCUGUGGUUGGCAUGAAAGAUUUAGAAUUUGUUAAGUGAGCCCAGCGCUAACACGAGUACUCUAUUAACACAGUCACAAUGUUGGUUUGCUGCCUCAAUGAAGAAUCUAUUCCUAUGCAAACUAUUUUUACUAGUGUUACAAUUAGACUGAACAAGUAGUGUUUGUUUAUCAAAUGAACAUGAGAGUUAAGGGUUACAGGAGGAAGGAGGGAUUUUGUAUAUAUUAAGUGCUAGAAUGUGUUGCUUUAACAUCUAGCCAUCCACGUUUCCUCUUUUCAGUUUUAACAGUUUUGGCAACUGUCUUCUGUACAAAUCUCUUUUAUACAACUAAUAUUCUUAAAUUGAAUUAGGAGGGAUUAUAUAAAAUUCAGACAACUUACAAUCUUAUUUUGCCUUCUGGCAACAGUUAAGAUUAAGAUCAAGAUAUGAGGGUACUUUUGCUCUCUCACUUCUUGAAUGAGAGGACAUUUGAUUCUGUCAUGAACACACCAACAAACUACCUCAUACGUGGCAUGCUCUGACCAGCCAAGUCACACAUUUUCCAAAGCAGCUAAACUUGGCGGUGGAACAAGAAGCUGUCCAUCGGAGUUGUCCAUUCAACAUUUUAUGCUAUGUACUUAGCACCAGCUCCGCAGGUCUUAAUUCAAAAAGGUGGGGUUGAGGUGCAGAAUAUGCUGAAAAAAACUUGUUCCUGUCAAAUUGUAGAGAAGUGACGAGGGAAGUUAUUCGCUGGAUAAAAAGCAGCAUAGAAGUCAACACUGUAGCAGCAGUAGCUUUCUCUAGAAUAAACACUUGAAACCCCAUUCUGACAUCUAAGCACACAUAAGUGUGACAACUACAGGUGGUAACAAGUGAAAUGGAGAUCAGAAUGUCACUUUUAGCGUAUUUUAUAGAUUUCUAAACUAUCACUCAUUUGAAAAAGGCAGGAAGCCUCACCUGCCAGUCCAAUCCAACAGGAAAGUGGUGUUUACUAAUUAUUGAACUGGAUAAGACUGUCUGAAUACAGCAGGAAUAAAAAAAAUGACUGAAAAAGGGCACUCAAAAGGCAUAUCUGUGCUUGUUCUCACCCAGUGCUUCAGCAGGGCUCAGAACAAUGGGCAGCUGCUGGCACGUCGAGAUGGGAGGGCUGCGGCUGAGAGGCGGCAGUUCUGCCAGUGGCCCUGCAAGUGUCGGGAAAGACCUCAGUGUGCGCCGGGGGUGAGCUCCGUCCUGGACGGGUGCGGCUGCUGCAAGAGCUGCGCCCGGCAGAUCGGAGACUCAUGCAACGAGAGGGACGUCUGUGACCCGCACAAGGGCAUGUACUGUGACUUCUCCGCUGACAAGCCAAAAUACGAGGUCGGAGUAUGUGCCUACUUGAUGGCAGUAGGCUGUGACCUGAAUGGGGCCCACUAUGAGAAUGGAGAAGCCUUCCAGCCCAGCCCCCUCUACAAGUGUACAUGCAUUGCCGGAGCCAUCGGCUGCACCCCAGCUUUCAUCCAGAAGCCUGCUGGUCUCCUGGGCCCCGCGCCGCUGAUGGGCAGCAUGCCAGCCGGUCUCCGCAGCAGCCAGAGCCCAAAGAAGCACCAGCAAGAUACGACCUACAUGUCAGCUUACAGGGAUCCUCCUUUAGCCUGGAAGAAGAACUGUCUGAUCCAGACCACCCCAUGGAGCCCCUGCUCCAAAACCUGUGGCCUGGGCAUCUCUGUGCGUGUCAACAACGACAACAGCAAAUGUGAGAUGAGGAAGGACCGGCGCCUGUGUCUGCUGCGGCCGUGUGAGAAGAGUGUACUUAGGAGCCUCAAGGUGCCGAAGGGAAAAACAUGUCGGCCUAAAUUCCAGGCGAAGAAAGCGGAGAAGCUGGCACUCUCAGGCUGCACCAGCACCAAGAAGUUUAAGCCCACGUACUGCGGAGUCUGUACAGACAAGCGUUGCUGUGUCCCCAACAAGUCACGCAUGAUCAAGGUCAACUUCAGCUGCAAAGGAGGCAGCAACACACAGUGGAAGAUGCAGUGGAUAACAUCCUGCGUGUGCCAGAGGAAGUGUAACGAUCCGGGUGACAUGUUUUCUGACCUGCGGUUACUCUAACUGAUCCGCCUGAGAAGCCCAGAGACACAGACACAGGGCACAAGCCCUGCUGUGGUGGACUAAGGACUGAAACAUACAUAUACUUUGGUUGUUAGGUUCUCCUCCGCAGCAGUGACGUGCCUCAAGAAAACUCAAAAAGAGCUUUACAACUGAAACUGAAACUACGAAACCUCCCUCUGUGAGGUAAAAUGGCUGGGAUCAUUAAAUAAAUGAAGAAAUGUUGUUAGUUAGGAAUUAACCUCAUCUUCAAGAUAUGUAUGUGCAAUAACAACAUGGAUAAUGGUCAGUGGAGCAGCUAUAACAGCAAAUGUUGACUCAUUAACAGUACCUCAUAAUACUAUGUAUGUCAGGGAGCCAAGAAACGGCGAAUCAGGUCAUUCUACAGACUGAGUUGAACUGUUUCUCUUUUUUUUUGCAUGUGGUUCCUGUUUAUUUUUUCAGACAGGAAAAAAAAAACA